GUUGAGGUUCGGCGGGAAGUGAGCGCUCCGCCGACGUCACAAUGAGGGCGGCGUGGAUUGGGCAAAGGCGGUGACGGGGGCUCAUGCCCUGGCAGACAAGGUAUUUGACACUGUGUACCAAAGAAAUGGUUAUGGAGAAGCCAAGUCCCCUGCUUGUAGGGCGGGAGUUUGUGAGGCAGUACUACACUUUGCUAAAUAAGGCACCUGACUUCUUGCACAGGUUUUAUGGCAGGAACUCUUCUUAUGUCCAUGGAGGACUGGAUGCCAGUGGGAAACCCCAGGAAGCAGUAUAUGGCCAAGCUGAAAUACACAAGAAGGUGAUGUCCCUGCAGUUUAGUGAGUGUCAUACGAAGAUUCGUCACGUGGAUGCACAUGCAACCUUGAGUGAUGGAGUAGUUGUGCAGGUCAUGGGGGAGCUGUCAAACAGUGGGCAGCCAAUGAGGAAGUUCAUGCAGACCUUUGUCUUGGCUCCUGAAGGAUCUGUUCCAAAUAAGUUCUAUGUUCAUAAUGACAUCUUCAGAUAUGAAGAUGAAGUAUUCGGGGAUUCUGAGGCAGAACUUGAUGAAGAAUCGGAAGAAGAGGUAGAAGAGGAGCAGGAAGAAAGGCAACCCUCCCCUGAGCCUGUGCAGGAGAAUACAAGUAGUACUUACUAUGAAAGCCAUCCUGUAACCAAUGGAAUAGAGGAACCUUUGGAAGAAUCCUCUCACGAGCCUGAGCCAGAUUUAGAAUCUGAAACAAAAGCUGAGGAGCUGAAACCUGAAGUAGAAGAAAAAAAUCUUGAAGAGCUAGAAGAAAAGUCUCCAUCUCCACCUCCUGCAGAACCUGUUUCUCUACCACAAGAACCACCAAAGGCUUUCUCUUGGGCUUCAGUGACCAGUAAAAACCUGCCUCCUAGUGGUACUGUUUCUUCCUCUGGAAUUCCACCCCAUGUUAAAGCACCAGUCUCACAGCCAAGAGUUGAAACUAAACCUGAAGCUCAGUCUCAGCCUCCCCGUGUGCGUGAGCAACGUCCAAGAGAGAGACCAGGGUUUCCACCAAGAGGGCCAAGACCAGGUAGAGGGGACAUGGAGCAGAAUGAAUCAGAUAAUCGCAGAAUAAUUCGUUACCCGGACAGCCAUCAGCUGUUUGUUGGCAACUUGCCGCAUGAUAUUGAUGAGAAUGAAUUGAAAGAAUUCUUCAUGAGCUUUGGAAAUGUAGUGGAACUUCGCAUUAAUACUAAAGGAGUUGGGGGGAAGCUGCCAAACUUUGGUUUUGUGGUGUUUGAUGACUCUGAACCGGUUCAAAGAAUCCUUGUUGCAAAACCUAUUAUGUUCCGCGGUGAGGUGCGUUUGAAUGUAGAAGAGAAAAAAACAAGAGCUGCUCGUGAAAGAGAGACCCGAGGUGGUGGCGAUGAUCGUAGGGAUAUUCGACGCAAUGAUAGAGGUCCAGGGGGCCCCCGUGGAAUAGUGGGUGGUGGAAUGAUGCGAGACCGUGAUGGAAGAGGACCUCCUCCCAGAGGUGGCAUGGCACAGAAACUUGGUUCUGGAAGAGGAACCGGGCAAAUGGAAGGUCGUUUCACAGGACAGCGUCGCUGAACAUCCCUGCUGCUGGCAGACGGUCUCGGCAGUGGUACAUUAUUCGUCGUGUUUGCAUUCUUGUUAAUUUUUUUGGCUUUGGAAUGUGACACAGCCUUUUUGAUCAUUUCUUUGAUGUGAAAAGCAUCCUUUGGUUUCCACUUAAAUUGAGGUGGACAUUCUUUCCCCAGUUUCACAACAGGAGUCACACUGUUAAUUUAUAAAUUUAGACUUGCAAAAUUAAGGACUGAGAAAUGACCAUUAAACUAUCUGCAACAAAAGUGGACUAAAGGACAUGCCCAAUCGAUUUCAGGUCCUUUCAGUCAAAAACCCUCUGCUGCACAUUUUGUGUAAGUGUUACUGUUUCUGCCUAUUACUGUUGGAAACGCAAGUAGUGCAAUCUGUGCAAUUUGAAGAAGCUUGCCUUUUUUCUUUUUAGAACACUUGGCUCGAAAACAAACGAAACAAACUUGUGUUUAUGCACUCAUCAAAAUGCACUAAUGGGUACUUUGAACUCAUUUACAUUGACAUCUGCAGGAGGCAUCAGGAAAAAUAUUCUUCAUCCUGUUAUUCAGACAGAAUAGCUUGUGAAAUGAUGCGGGCAUCUGAUCUGCUUGCUGUGACCAACUUAUGUACACACACAAACCUUAACAAGACUAUAAACGUAUUCCAGAAGGAAACCACUUAGUUGUAAACUAAACACAAUCCAGAACUCCAGAGUUAUGGUCCUGAGUACUAAACAAGUUUGAUAGCUCAUAUUUAAGAUUUUUCUAUUUGCCCCUCUUCAGUACAGGGAUGGCUGGCUGCUCAACACACUCCUCCUUUCCUUUCCCUUCUUUAAGCAUUGUACAGUGGAAAUAGUCUUUCCUGUAUUUGAGUUCUCUGGUAAUGUAAUAAGCAUGAUGGUGCCUUCUAUUAAUACAUCAUUCCAGUCUUGCUGGUGAUUUUGUACAGUAGAGUGUAUGAAUUACUGUUCUGCAAAGCCAAAUGGCUGCAAAAACUGUUUAAAAGAAAUAUUUGAACAGUUGUAUAAAAAUUGCAGUAUCUUUUUAAGUCAGUGAAAGUUGCUAGAAUAUAAUUCACCUUGCUCUUCAAUUUAACAACUUUGUAUGUUUUUUUGUGGAGAGGGGAAGGGAGGAAGGAAGGCAUCUGAAUAGUGUCCAGGUUGCCUCUCCUCUUCGAUUAAUAUGAAAGAUGGGAAAGGGAUGAAAUCUCAGUCAGACAUUUCAAAAGUCAGUUGAGAAUUCUGUGUAUAUUUCUGCCAAUUUCUAAAGUGUGCUCAGCUCUGUAGAUUGAGGGCAAGUUUGUUAAAUGAGGAUACUGCAAUUUUCAGAUCAUAGAAGGAGCAGCUCUAAGUAUUUGCAUUUUCCAUUUUUUUUGCUCUCUUCAUUUGCACAUAUCUUUGAACUGAUUCAACACCCAUGCAGCUCUGAAUUUUAACAGUAGGGAGAAGGCAUCCUCUGACACUUAUAUUUCUAAAUAUAAGAAGUUUACAAUUUCUGGAUUACUGUCUGCCUAGAUAGCACAUUUCAAUAAACUGCAAAAGUAGCAAACAAUAGUAUCCAGCUCUGUUCUGGAGAAAUUGACAUGCACCAAGCUCUGAAUGCUUCAGGAGUUGGGGGGCAGGGGUAAGGGUGAAAGUGUGACCACUUAAAGCUGCUUCUGAGCAUGGAAGACCUCAUUACAUUACGAUUGUUAACAAAAACAGCGAUGGCACAGUACCAGUCUGUUUCUAGAUUAUGCAACCAUUUGCUUUUUUCUAGUGAGCAGGAAGAUAUUGCACAUGUUUGUUUCUGAUGUGUUAGGCAAAGUGAGAAUGCAUCUGUUUGUUUUCCACCAAACUUGAGGUCUUCCUUGUUUGAUGGUAAGUCUUGCACUAUUUUCAUACAUUUUUUCCGGGACACAUUUCUCAGUUUCCAUUUUUUUUAUAUUUACCUUUUUUUUGUUAAGCUUUUGCAUUUUUUUUCAGAUGUUACCUGGAAAUAUAUAGUACUUGAACUCUAUGAAACAUAACUUGACUUACGUUUGAAGCCUUUAGUCAAACUGCUGCUUCACUUAGCAGUUUGCCACCAGUGUUCAUUGUAGCUUUUUAAAUUUUUAGUGCUAUGGUAUUGCCCUAUCACCUUCUAAAUUGUUAUGGCAAAUGGCACUGGGAGUAAUUGCAAAAAAUGAAAUUAAUGAUUAGAAGAACUACUGAGCCAAUCAGCAUUCUGGCUUGCUUCUUGUUUAAAUGCCAUGAAAUAAAAAAAAAAUAUUGAAACAUCAUACAGAGAAGUUUACAUGGUGAUUGUUCACCUACUGUACUGUGGACUCUUAAUGUUCUUGUCCCUCUUUCAGUAAACGUACCUCUUAAAGCGAAGUAACAAGAUUCACUGACCAUUACUGUUAGUUGCUGAUUUUGUUGAUGGUGGUAUUCUUUCAUUACAAUCCUAUUUCAACAAACUUGGCUUACCAUCUUUGGCUUUAGUAGGUAUAAAAGACAGUGGAUUACCAUCUUUAUUGCUGUAAUGUGUUAAGCAUUAUAUGCUAGUAGAAUCUAGUUAAUUGUUGCAGGUGGAAAGUAUUUUUACUUUUAAGUUUCCAUUUUGAAUGUGUUCUGACUAAACAUACCAAUAAACUACUGAUGUCUGCAGCAUU